AUGACUACUACUUUCGAGGCCUCCUUCUCCAUCACUCACAUCACCACUGCCUCAGCCAUACUGCACAUAGAUGGCGGUAAUUUCCUCACGGAUCCCGUCUUCUCCCCGGCUGGCACCGAGUGGGACAUGGGCCCGACGGUGCUCAAAAACACAAAAGGCCCAGCCCUUCAACUGGAAGACCUCCCUGUCAUUGACGCCGUACUUCUAAGUCACGAAGACCACCCCGAUAACUUGGACGAACUCGGCCGGCGUCUCCUCGAUGGCCGCAAAGUUCUCACGACACAAGACGGAGCACGGAAACUUGCACCCCGCCCUGGUGUACAGGCUCUCAAGCCAGGGGAAACCACGUUACUUCGUGUUGGAGGGCGGGAAUUUGAGUUUACUGGAGUACCGUGUCAGCAUCUUCCAGGCGGAGAAGUCACAGGCUUUGUGUUGAGGGCAGCAAAUUUCGGGGAAACAAAUGGCUUGCCCAACGUUAUCUACAUCUCUGGCGACACAGUCUACCUCGACGAGAUCCCGAAAUUGCUCGAGAAAUACCACGUCUCCGUUGCGAUUCUUAACGUGGGUGCAGUAGAGGUCGCGAUCACCGAUCAUCCUUUGCUGGUCACCAUGGACGGGAAACAGGCAGCGCGGCUGUUUCGCGAGAUCGGGGCGGAUGUUUUGGUGCCGAUGCAUUACGAAUCCUGGGCACACUUCGCGGAGAAUGGAGACCAGCUCAGGGCUGUUCUUGAAGAGGAGGGCGUUGCUGACAAGGUACGCUGGCUAAAGCCUGGAGUCGAGACAAAGAUAUUCUAA